CUCAACCAGUAAGCAAAAAAAUUGACCGAUGUCCCAAAACUCAUACAGAGUCCGGCUAGUUGUAUCGGAAAUACUGAAGGAUUGGUAAGAUCAUCUGUCAUUGCAAUGGCCAUCGCGCCGAAAUAUCCGAAAAUGAUUGAGAUAGUGAUUACAAAUAGCGAACGAUAAACGUUCUUCAUGCUUUCGGUACCACCUCCAUAAAUGCACCCUGGCAGAAGUUGCACAGUUAUAUACAUUUUGGUAUAAUACUUGGUCAGAACAUUGUAAGAAGUUGUCAGCGAUAGAAGUCUGUCUAUAGCCAAGUUGAGAAGGAGCAUGAAUGAAAAAGACUGGCCAAAGGUAGGAACUAUAUGAAGAUAAACGCAAAUAUCUUGCGGGAUGUGAUGGUCAUCAUACAUGUUGUACGUAGCAGCACUUAUGAAGAAAGAAAACAUAAACAUAACGUCUCCCAGAGCGACUGAUGCAAUAAAAAUGUUGCAGGGAUUCCGUAACUUCCUGAAGAAGAAUAUUCAGAGUAGAUUUUUACGCCUCAUUCUUUGA